AUGAAGGUCGCUCUUGUGACCGUGCUGGGCGCUGCCACUUUGGCGCGUGCUGGAACCAUCACGACCUCGGAGCCCGCUGUCGCUGCGAUCGAUGCUGCGAUGGCGACCACUCUGCCUGAGACGACCACUUCGGAUGUCAAGGGCUUGGCCUUUGACCGUUUCUACCAGGUCUGGUUAGAGAAUAUUGACUAUGAUGUUGCGGCCAAGGACUCCAACAUGGAGUGGCUGGCGUCGCAGGGUAUCCUGCUGACCAACUACUACGGCGUCACCCAUCCCUCCGAGCCCAACUACUGCGCUGCUGCCGGUGGUGACAAUUUCGGCAUGGACAAUGACAACUUUCACCAGAUCCCGGCUAAUGUCUCCACCGUUGCCGAUCUGCUUGACACCAAGGGUAUUUCGUGGGCCGAGUACGAGGAGGCCAUGCCAUACCCUGGCUUCCAAGGUUACAACUACUCCAACCAGGUGACCUAUGCAGAUGACUACGUGCGCAAGCACAACCCGCUGGUUCUCUAUGAGUCGAUCACCAACAACGACACCAGGGCUCGUCAGAUCAAGAACUUCACUCAGUUCGAGUCGGACCUGGCCGACAAGAAGCUCCCGCAGUGGGCGUUCAUUACCCCCAACAUGACCAACGACGCCCAUGACACGAAUAUUACUUUUGGUGCGAAGUGGGAGCGCAGCUGGAUUUCGCCUCUGCUGAAAAACUCGUACUUCAUGGACAACACGCUUAUUCUCUUGACUUUUGACGAGGACGACACCUAUCCCAAGGGCAACCGCGUCUUCAGCAUUCUGCUUGGUGGUGUCAUCCCCGAUAACCUGAAGGGUACCAAGGACGACACCUUUUACACUCACUACUCGAGCAUUGCCAGUGUCUCUGCCAACUGGGGUCUCCCCUCUCUGGGCCGCUGGGACUGCGGUGCCAACAUCUUCGAGAUCGUGGCCAACAAGACCGGCUACGUCAACUACGACGUUGACACCACCAACCUGCGAUUGAACGAGACCUACCCGGGUCCCCUGUCCAUUGGCGAAUACUCCAAGUUUUCGCCCAUCUGGCCUAUCCCGCUCACCGACGCCAAGUGCUCUGCUGGUCAUGGUAUCCUGGACAUCGUCAAGAAGACCUACGCCAAUACUACCCCGACCUACAACUACACCAGCCCCUACCCGUGGGACUCCAAGGCCAACUACAACACGAAGGUUACUGCUACCCGCAGCAGCAACUCGACGAACACCACCUCCUCGGGUGCCGCGGCUACCACCACCAACGCCGGCGUUGCUGGUGUUGUGCCCAGCUCGGCAGUUGCCAUCGGUUCUCUGGUGGCUCUCUUCGCCUAUGUUUUCUAA